AUGGCGAGAGCAGAGUAUCUGGCUGUAGAUGCGAGAGAAGAUUCUCCAUUGUUCAAGGAUAUGGAGCUUCCAGUGUUCGACCUGCAAGGCUACACUUUGUGGACUGUAGGUCCAUCCAUACCGUUGCGUGGCGAUAAGUUCAUGACUCGUGAUGCAAACGAGAAGUACUUUCAAGCACAUCUGCUGAAAGUGUGCCUACCGUAUCCUCGCCCUGCGCACAUCAGCGAUGCAGUCGUGCUGUCUCCAUUGAAUCUGACCAUGCUCUUCAGGCUUGCCAAUCACUUCCACAAGAACGGGUGCCCUGCACACUGGCUUUCCGAUGUUUUUGGCAAUCUGUUAACAGGCAACAUCACGACUAAUGCCAGAGCACCUCGUCACCAAGUCUUGAAGGUUGAAGAGGCCCGCAGAAGCUAUCUAAGUAUCUCGACAUGCAUCAAACCCUGGAUUGCAGAGCUGAGUACCCUUGUCAGUAUCUGGAAAGACUUGCUUCCUUUCGGUCUACUCUUCAGCAACAGCCUAAUUCCAAGCCUUGAUUCUGUCCGCAACUACAGCAUCAAGUUCCCAGAGCCAGCUGGAGAUUCCUUGGAUAUACUCACGUUUACGCUAGUUUUCUGGGACCAUGAACAGGGAUCACUGCCUGUGAAGUUGAGAAACACACUACUGGACGACGAACACGGCAAUCGCAGCGGACAGGCAAAGAGAAUUCGAGAAUCAGGUAUUCAUGUGCUUACGACCUUCAAAUGGGCGUCAGAGAUCAGCACGGCUUCGUUCUGGCUUCGAAGCGAUGUGAUCGAUACCAUGCAACAGGGUGACUGGAAGGCAUACAUCUGGCGACUCGACAGCUGGGAAUGUGUUACUUCCGGCGUCUCUGUUCAAGACUAUGUUCAAGCAGGUCGCAACUGGACAGACAAUGAGAAGAAGCUUCUUCUCAGACCUGCCCUCGAGACGAACACCUCAACCAGGUCUUCAGACGCAACCCCUACAGCUCCUAAGACUUCGGCCACCCCAAGAGUUCCUGCACCGGAAUCAAAGUCGUCAUCGGCAUCAUCAAUGCCAGCUCACAUCUCCAACGAUGUCGAUCGCAAGUUCGUUAGCGAGUUUCAAAUCACCAUCGCACGUUUCACAGACAGUAUUGCUGAGGAUCUGAAUGAGCCAGGUCUGCCCAAAGUGAUAAGGAAGGGGCGAAGAGGAUACGUCCGCACCGUCGAUGAGCUCCGCCGCCGUAUCGAUCCCAGCUUCACACCACCCAAGGUCACAAAGCUCGAAGGCUGGCGUCUUGAAGAGGUCAUUGAGGAAGUCAGAGAGGUUGAGAUGAUGGUCCUAGGCGCUCCUCUACUACCCAAGGACAAGAAAUGUCAGCUGCACAUUGCUGAGCUUGUUGCCGGCACCGUGCCUUCGCUGGAGGAACCUAGCAGAGAGUCGCUCCAGUUUGUCGCGAAGUUCGAUGAACAUAUUGAGGCGAGGAAGCGUUACAUCACUUGGAAGGAGAAGCAGUCGAAGGAGCCCAAGGCCCCGCCUCGGAUGAACCCAGAUUGUGCUCCGCAGUAG